AGCAACGGGAAGAAUACUCGCGAUAUAAACUACUCGUUAAAAGAAAAGAGAGAAAAAGACAAAUGCGGUUGUGCUAAAAUUAUUAGUCGGGAAUUUAGGCGUAACGGCGCAUGCGCAGCGAGCGAGGUUACGUAUAGACACAAUUGGUACGUCGAUAACUUUUACAUAUGCUCGUUAUACCAACAAUUUGUGAGUUGUAAUAACUUUCACUUCAUUAUCUCGUCUCCUGUAAGCUUUGGGCUAGUUAUGUCUCCUCGACUUCUCGUAAUUUUAUUUCUGUUUUCGAAGUUGAUAUGACACAACGAAAGAGGUGGGACGUACGGACGGUAAAAGUGGCAACGCUGCACGAUUCACUUGUUUAGUUUGCGAUGUUGCAGUUACUCGUUGGUGGGGUACCAAAACGUAAGAUAUCUCCGUUCUUUCUCGAACAUUAUUCGUAAAUAUAACCUGUUUUCACGCACCGAGGAAUGUAUGCAGCACUGCUUUAACACUUUCUGCACAAUAUCGUGACAUUGGAAAACAUUUAAUUGACAAGUUAAAGGAAGUGAGAUUUUAUUGUACAAUUUCAUCAUAAUGGAAGCUGUACAAAAUCAAUCAGUGCAUAAUACAAAAUCUAAUUCUACAGUCUCGUGCAUUAAUGAGACUGAUACUGAUGAAUUGUCGAAGGAGAAAGAUGAACUUUUAUUUGGCGUAGAAGAGGAUGGUGAAGAUGAAGAUGUAUUGUCCGAUGACAGUUUGCGAUUAAGAUUAUCUGACGACGAGGAUGCUGAACAAGAAGAUAUUACGAAAAACUAUACUAAUAUUUCGGAAUUUAAAUCGCCAAAUAAGAAUAUCGAACCAUCUAAAGAUAUAAUUACAGAAGAAAAUUCAAGUGUUGAUCCACAACAGGUUGUGGAAGAAGCAGCUAAGUCUGUCGCUGAAGAACUAACACUGAAAGAGGCGCCUAAUUCAGCAAUAAAUGUUCCGGAAAAUUCAGCAUUAUCCUCUGAUGAAUUUACAUCAGAAAAUAAAUCAACGCAAAAUAGUGUAUAUAAUUUGGAGAAUGAUACAGCUGUAACUGCUAAUAAGUAUAGUGACAAAUGCACGUUUAAUAUACGUGACAAUAUAAAAAGUGACUGUCAUGACCAAGAAAUUUCCCAAGUUACCAAUAAUAUAAAAAAUAAAAUGCAAUUGAAUCACGUCGAUGACGUCGCAAUCGAUGAUGAUAAAAGUACCGUUGAAGAUAAAGCAUUAGAUAACAAUCUUGAAAGAGAAGACAGCGUAAUAAAACGUACUUUUAAUUCUAUUGAAGAUAAAGAUUUAAUAACUACCGAAGUGAGCAAUGUACAUAAGAAAGAAGCAUCAGAAAAUAUAUUAGAGAAUGAUCAUCUAUCUGUCGAGAAUCCUGCAGAGAUAAAUGGUUGUCAACAUGCAGAGAUAACGGACGACAGUGAAGGUAAACUAAAAGAAACAGACAACAUAUGUAACAAAACAAAUUCUGCAGAUACCUGCAACUCUAACAACUUAGAUACUACAGACAAAGACAUAAAUUCUGUUCAAAUUAAGAUUUGUAAUAAUGAAAAAUCAUCUACAACUACGAUUAAUUCUGACAAUGAUAAUUCAACAAUAUUAAAUGACAAUGUAGUAGAAGAAGAAGUUAUUACUCUGAACCGUCCAUUAACCGAGAUUAAUAAUGACGACAAUUCGACAGAUGCAAUCAGAUCCGAUAGUUCUGCAGAUACGAUUAGAUCCGAUAAAUUCAAUACGUCUUCAUCUUUUAAGUAUUCUAAACGUAAAAGUAAGAUGGAAAACUUAGAACACGAAAAUAUAACUCAAAAUGCAAAUACACCAAAGAUGCAAUCCGUGAAUCGAGAAAUGAGUACUACGUUAGCAGAAAAUCAGGAUGAUUCAUCUAAUAUAACAGAGAAGACGGAAAUAACGAAAGAAGACUGUAAUGUUAAAAAACUUAUAAACGAAAUAACAAAUAAGAAUUCUAUAUUGACAAAACUCGUCUCACAAGAAUCAAUUAACAAAAAAAAUAAUAAUGAGAAUGAGAUUAACACAAAUGUACAAAAAAGGAAACGAUUUAAGAAAAGAGAAAUGUCAGAUACCAAUAUAACACAAGAUUAUACCAUUGAAGAAGAUACACAAGAAAUAAAGAGCAAUGGACGACAGAAACGAAAAAGUGCGAAGAACGCGGAGAAGAUGAUUAGGAAAAAGUACCUCGAUAGCGACAGUGAUUCUAUCGAUAGCGACAGUGACAGCGAAGAAUCAAUUAUAGCAUCAAGCUAUAAAUUGAAUCAGAAAAUAUCUUCUGCGUCAUCCGUUUCAUUGAAACGUAAUUGUCCAGAUUAUGAAGAAAGUGUUGUCUUCAAUGGUACUGUUAAGAAGGCGAAAAUGAAUGCCAAAUCUGAAAAGGUCAAUACCACAAAAAAUAUCACGAAACUCACCUUCGUCGAGAAAUUCUGUCAGAGGAAUAUAAAAGAAAAACUACCAAAGCUUACGCAGGAGCAACUGGAAGAACUGCUCAUCCAAAAAAUUGUCGAGACAAUGACAAUGCGUAGUGAAAUUGGUCUGCUUCGAGAACAAGCUCGUUUAUCGGAAAAGAAUCAGGAAUCAACGCGACUAAAGCUGCAGCAACUGAUGAAACAAGUCAAGGAUUUUGAAAUGGUUCUGAAUCGCAAUGCAGCAGAUCGCCGUAUAAACCCUGACAAAGUUGUCACGCCUAUAAAAAUCAACAGAUCCGUGGGCCUACAAGUCAAUUUUGUAACGGAACACGGAAUGCAGAAUUUACGACAAAUACAACAAACCUCCCAGCAAAAGAUCGCGAACACUCCGACGACCAGUGUCAGUACUCCGGUUUCUGAGUCAAAUAACAGUACGGCUUCUUCAAGUCCAAGACGCGGAAUUAAGAUAAGAUCACCUCGGCGAUCUGAAGUGUCCAUGACCCCUUCUACUCCCACGAUUUCGCAAAGUUCGACACAAACUUCGCCUCUUAUUUCCACUGUGACACCGGCGGCGUUGGUUGUCGCCAAACCUUUGGACACGCAACAAACUUUAACGCUACCUAGUCAAACUAGCACCAUCCAACAAAUCUUAACAGGAAAUAUGCCACAGCAACAGGUACAAUCACAAGCUUACGUUCUAAAUGGUAAGAUCUCGAAUCAAAUAAAUCGUCCAAAUACGGCUUUGAUAAGUGCUAAAUCAAGAAAUAACGAUCUUAUCGAUCUUACGGACGAAGAAGAAAAAAAUAAAUCUGCGAAAAUUUCUGUCGCAUCAACACCUGCUUUAAUCGAGCAACAGCUGCCAACGACUGUUACAACGAAACCAGUACAAUGCUUCUCAAGAGUAAUACAAACGAUACCGACAAACGUAGCGAUUACGACACAAGCAGCUAGUAUAAGAUUGGUACAGCCCAACCAAUCAACGCCGACUGCUACUAUUGUGAACGGGGCACCUCCCAGAUUAGCAUAUGUAAUGCAGAGUAGUGUAGGUGCAAGACAAUUAUUAAUAACGUCGAAUGCUAACCAGCAGAUACGACCAAUAACUACAUGUAGAGUAACUACAUCGUUCCCAACUAUGACAUACAAGACAGGAACGUCAACGAUUGCAAAUGGUACAGUACGUGUACUAACUACGCCAGCUGUAUCAAAUGUACAGAUAAAUAAGCAUCCUGCACCAUUGCCAGAUACUCCAAAUUAUGGAAUAACUCCUGGCUGGAAGCUUCCACCGCCUGCUCCGUCAUUAAAAAUGACUAAAGUCCCGAAUGGUAUAGUAUUAUCGUGGAACAUGCAGCUUACUGAUAAAUAUGCUGAUAUUGCUAGUUACCAAUUAUAUGCGUACCAAGAAGUCACAGGUGUGACGCCGAGCACCUCAUUGUGGAAGAAAGUGGGAGAUGUUAGAGCACUGCCGUUGCCUAUGGCAUGUACCUUGACUCAGUUUUCUGAGGGUAAUAAUUAUUAUUUCGCAGUCAGAGCGGUAGAUACACAUUCCAGAAAAGGACAGUACAGUAUACCUGGUAAUAUCUCUUUGUAAAAGAGGCAGGAGAACGAAAUUUCGAAAUAUCAUUCAAACACAUUACAUCUCUUUAAGUUUCUUUUUCUUUGUGUACUUUCGUGCGUAAUUCGAUGUGUGAUAAAUUGUGAUAAAUAUUUGCUAUCUGACAACAAGCAUACAAUAUUUUAUUCAAUUCUCUUUAAAUAUCUUGAAUAAUGUUUGUUUUACGAUAUCAAUCUCGGAUCAACAAUAAACUCAUUUAGAAAAGUAAUAAGUGAAACAAUAUACAGGUUUCUAUUAUGUCAUAUUUUUAUAUUUGUUAUAAUGGCGUAGAAAUUUUACAAAUAUAUCUCCAUGUGCACAGUGUUUAAACCAGUAGAAUAAAAUUGAUUAAAAAGAAAUUUAAUGCUCGAUUUACAAAACGAUAAAAUUCUACGCAAGCCAUCAUCACGAGCGAAAUACAAAUUGAACAGUUGCUAAUCGCGCGAAUAUCAUUUCCGUAAAUGCUUCCAACUAUAUAACUGCGCACAUUUACUAUUAUAUCUUUUUAACAUGAUUUUGUAUAUUCUCCUAAAGUAAGCGAUUUAUGUUACGGUAAAUUUACAUUCAGUUGUAAUUUCUCAGUUAUAUAUUAAUGAAUAUUGAUAGAAUUGUCUUGACACUCAAUCUCUAUCUUUGUUUUACAUUGUUCAUGAUAUAUUUCAUAAAUGCUCGUAGCGCAUAGGACAAAAAAUUCUAGUCAAAACAUUUUGACAGGCUUAUGAACAAUUUUAACUGAUAGAAAAUAUUACACACAAAGACUUACUACGGAAGCGUAUUACGGUCGACGAUAUAAGAAUGAAUAUUCUCCGCAAAAAUAUCCGCGUUCUUUGCUUGCGAAAGCUACAUAUAGACGUACUAACUAUGUAUAAUUAUUAAUUCGCUCUUAAAUUCGCGACGGUAUUCAAUGCUGGUACUUUCCAGCAAUUAAUUGUACAAGUAAUCUGUUAGAUUCUGGAUAAUUUGCUCAAUUUUUAUACAAUUUUGAAUUCAGGAACGUAUUUAUAAUUACUGAUAUAUUGUAGAGCAGUAAGCGAAAUCAAGAUAUCUCGUCGAGACAAGCUCGUAUGUAAAUAUCAAUCUGUAUUAAUGUACUGCAAAUCAUUAAUUGUACUACAUAAUUUAUAAGCAUAUUUAAGAUAUCAGUUAAUGCACUGAAUUAUAAUAAGCUUUAGUUUUAUUUGUCGUAUUGUUAGGUAUCAAGUUGUCCAGGAAAUAGUAUAUGUCGAUUUUUAGAAAAAAAAAUGCGGUGCGAAAUUUUUUAUAUGUAAGUAU